AGCCGUUUUGUUUCAAGCCGGUUUAGAUCUCAGCUGUGUUAGGCCUCUUUCAUUCGCCCGCCCACUCCUUUGGGGCUGCGCCGUAUGAUGUGGAGCGCGGCAGCAUCCCUGUUUGCCACGUCACCUGCGCCUUCGCCCCAGGAUUGCGCCAUCCAGCUCCAGCGCCUCCCGCAACAGGCCCCCGGCCUGGACGCGCGCGUGGUGCCGGCCGCCAUGGAGGGCGGCCUUGCCCUAGCGUGGCAGGACGGCGAGUCGAUCCUGCUGCAGAGGUUCGGGCACGACUGCGCCGAGGAGGGGCCGCGGUCCGAGGUGAAUUCCACGCGCGAGUUCUUCCGCCAGCCGGCGGCCAGCGGUCUCCACGACGUCGUGGGCCUGCGCGGCGGCAGCGCGGCCGUGGCGUGGACGCUGCACGGCCACGUGUGGGUGCGCCUCGUGGGCCCGUACGGCCCCCUCGGCCCGCCGCGGCGCGCCAGCGGCCCGGGCGACUGCGACCGGACACAGGUCCGGUUGUCCGCGAGCUCUGUGGACGGCAGCUUCGCAGUCGUGUGGAGCAGCUGGGGGCAGGACGGCGACGGAUGGGGCGUGUUCGCCAGGCUCUUUGACCGCAUGGGCCGCCCCGUGCACGAGGAGCGGCAGGUGAACUCCGAAUGGCGUCACUUCCAGUGGCAGCCGCAGGUCGCCUGGUGCGGGGACUCGCUGUGGGCGCUGUGGGUGAACGGCACCAGCGGCUACUGCAACGGCCCCAGGGAUGCCUGCUCCACGGGGCCUUUCGUGCGCCGCCUCGUCAGCGGUGGCGAGUGGGCGCCAGGCGAGGAGGUGGACUUUGCUGGCGAUGGGCCCGUGGCCGCCACCCUCUCGUGCGCCAGCCAGCAGCCCUGGGGUGGCGCGCUGGCUGUGCUCUGGCUGCCGCACUCUGGCAGCGAGGUGCGGUGGGAGUACGUCGAGGCCGUCCCGAGCAGCGGCCUGCCACCGGGACCGCAGCUAGGCAGGCGACUUGCACCACAGCAGCCGGUUUUCGACCCGCAGGUGGGCGCGGUUGUCCGCGACGACGCGCUCGGCAUGCUCGGCUCGCCCCAGGUCGCGAUAGACGUCGGCCAGGUGUCGAUGGUCGCCCACGGGGGCCUGAUGGUCCUGAUGACCAGCGACAGGGCCGGCUCCCUCGGGGCACAGCUGAUGAACUACGGGGCCACUGCCCAGCCGGUUGCCUUCCCACGUCGACAGGUGACGUCCGGCGUGCAGCUCACCAGGGCGGCCUGGGACACAGCCGAGGACCUGGCCCUCGUCUCCUGCUGGGCCGCAGGAGGUGCCCUCGGGUCCACUGACCCGUCCACCUUCGUGUGCGCGCGGCGCAGCUUGCGGUGGUUUGUUGACGUUUCUGCGGCGCCAGGGCUGAGCUCCGUGCUCGCCUUCAGCAGUGCGUUCAGCCUGCUCUACCUGUGCUGCUGCUUCAGCCGCUGCUCGCGGACCCUCCGGGAGUUUGCCGCGUCGGGUGCUCUUGGCCUAGUUCCCGCACCGCAGUCGCAGCGCGACCUCCACUUCAGGCGCACGCGGAUGAGGCGCCUGCUCGAGAUGCGUGCGACGCUGGCGGCGCUGCCCGGCAGAUAUCUGCGCACUCCGCCCGGCAGCGAGGGCGCCGCCAUCGACCAGGACGGCGCGGAGAACACCGCAGACUCCGGCGACGAAGACGCCAUGUGCCCCAGCUCCGCGGCGGGCGGGCGGGAGGGGUGCUGCUCGAUCUGCCACGAGGAGGUGGCGGUGCGGGUCGCCCUGCGGCCGUGUGGGCACACGGCGUGCAGGGACUGCACCAUCAGGCUGGCCGAGACGAGCCAGCGCUGUCACAUCUGCCGCGGCCCCGUGCACGGCGUGCAGCCCGUCUACCUGUGACCUCGGCUCCCGUCGCAGCAGCCCACGCCUCCGCGCUUUUUUUUUAGUGCCCUUCCUUUCGCUUGGCGGGAGGCACGUCCAGACGGUGCAUUCCACCUGCGGCUGCGGUGGGCGCGCGCGGGCAUGCUGCCCCCCCCCCCUCCACCUCGGACGUUUCGUGCACCCACGGGGACCCGACCUCCAUGCGUCCUGCGUUGCGUAGGAUAUGAGGACGGGGCCGCGCCCUGCGCUGUACGCAGCUGCGGUCUGGGCCCUACGCCAGACGUGUUCUCCUUUCCCCUCUCUGCCUGUGCUCCUGAGCCCAGCCCCGACCCCACCACCUGUAGUCGGAUGUGGCAGGCGCGCAGACACAAAGCAGGUACGCGCGCUUGCCCCAGAUUCGGAUGAGUUGCUGCCAGAGGCAGCGCGCGCAUCCAUGAUGACGGAGAAGGGAGCCUAAUGGAAUGGAGGUGGGUGUCAACGAAUGCAGGCUGUAUUUCGCAGGCGAGCCAAGCCCCCCGUAGCAGUUUUUUGCUUGCUGCCUGCAGUAGUUCGCAAGCGAUGCCGUGCACCCUCGAAUGAGCGAGCUCUCUGCAGCUCGAAGGUGCACAGCGACCCACAGCACGCCUUCUGGUCGUGGUCGGACUUCACCUCGCAUCACGGCGCCAGUGGGUCAGUUUUCUUGAUUUUCUCCUCAUCCUCCUUCCUCC